AUGAACCCGGCGUCGGUGUCUGCAAGGAUUUCGAAGCUGGACGCUUUGAAGGUGGAACUCAAGGCCGCACGAGGAGUUCUUGCGGCAGACGUAGACGAGGGCGGCAACCUACACGAGGACGAAGUUGCAGACGCUUUUGUCGCGUUUUCGGACCUCCAGAGCGAACUCCUGGAUAUCGUCGUGGAGCCUCCUCUCCCAGCAUUGCGAUCUCCCGAGAAACCAUCAACACGGACAAAGGUUGAGGUCGGCCCCUUGGACGAAGUAUUCCCGGACAUUUGGUUCCGGAAACUGGAGGUGCAGCUUGAGGCCGCGGGCUUGACGAAGAGCGCAUCUCGCUUUUCCGAGCUCCUACGGUUUUUGGAAAAACGCCAC